UCAAUCAAUUCAUAAAAAGGCAAUUAAUCAAAACUUUAGAAUUGUUAAAAAAUAUCAAUUUUUUAAUUGCAAAUGUUUAGUUAAAAAGGAAAGAAUUCUGAAAGACUGAAUACAAACGAGAGUUAGCAGUUUAAAGAAACAGCUGGCUUUAAACCUUUUAUGAAGGGAACGCUAAAUUAAUAAGAAUUCUAAAAUAACGCAAGUCAAAAAAAUUAAAUUAAUAACCGUAACUCUUUGUAUCCAUAUUCAGAAUCGGGCAAUGACUUACUUUAAUAUUCGUAAUCAAAUAUACUUGCAAGUAAAUUAAAUUAAUAGCCCAUGACAACACCUAGAAGAUUAGAGAUAUUAACAAAUAAUAAUAGCAUUUUAAGAGAAAGUUCUGUAUUAUUUAUGUCUAAGCUUCACUACAAGCCGUUUGCAUACCGCAGAUGCCUAGAAAAGCUAAAUUUAAAUAUGUUAGAGAAUAUUAAUAUUGAUUAAAUAGAAUAUACUUAAGAUUUAACCAGCGCACAAAAAAUGCUUAAAAAUAUAGCAUUUGCUGAAUUUGAUGUAAAGACUGUUGAAAAUAUGGGUUAUGAAAACUUUAACAAAAUAUUUCGCUUAUGGUAAUAGGCCAUAUUAAAUUAUGGAGUUUAAUAGUAGGAAGAAUAAACAAAAGGAGAAAAACUCUAUACUAAGUAUAGAGAACAUUUAGAUGCAAGUCAAAAGAUAGACGAUAUUAAAAAAGCACAUGCAGAAAAAAAAACUAAAUUAUAUGAAUAAAUUAAAACACUUUAAUGGUAGAUCAACGAACUAAAGCAGCAGAGUUAAAAGUAAGGAAAAUUUAAGUGCACAUACUGUACCAAGCUGUUUGAAAAUAAAGAGGAUAUAAAGACUCAUAUUCGCUCAGCUCAUAAAGAUAAAAUUGAAAAGAUAAAAGAAGAUUAAAAGGUAAUUGAAGAUUUCGGCAAUCCUAUGAGGCUUAUGACACGCAGAGAAGAGAGACAUUUGUAAGAAUAAAAUGAAUUAUUAGCAUAAAAGGUUGCUAAGGAAGUUGAAGAAAAAAUGUAAUAGCAACUAAAGAUUCUUUUUGAAAAAAAUUAAGAGUUAUAGAAAAGAAAGAGAGAAGAAGAGUUAAGAAAUGAGUUCAAUACAAGCACUAACGAUGAACUUUAAGAAAAUUAGAAGCAUUUAUUAAGUAGCAUUUCCAAGAUGAACAAUGUCUUUGGUGGAUUCGAAGAAAUGUUUGCCUAAAUGCAAACUAAAUAGUAAAAUUUAAUAGAAGAGCAGUAGCAAUAAAAUAAAAGAUUAAAGGAAAUAGAAAUGGAUUAGAAGAAAUUGGAGAGCGAAAGAUUAGCUAAAGAAAAAGAAUAUUAGGAAUAUUUGAAGAGUAUACAUAAUACACAAACAAAAUAAUUAGAACUAAGUAGAAAUGAAGAAGAAUAUUUUGGAUCUUAGAUGAGGCCUGAAGAGUUAUAAUUGAGUAAAGAGCCUUCAUUUGGCAAUCCUUACAUGAAUUAAUUUAGAGGUUAGUAAAGACAAUCAAGUUAAAAUAACUAUAAAAAGAAAGAUGAUUUUUUUUUGGAAUUAGUAGAGGAAGAUGAGAAUAAAGAGAAUUUCUUUUUGAAUAGAAACUCUCGAAAUCCUUUGGAAUAAUAUUAUAACACACAACAAUCAUAAUAGACGAAUACAUAAGUUUAAAUGUCUCAGCUUAUGACAUAAAAUGAAAGUUCAGCAUCAAAAAGAGAUUUGAAAAAAUAAUUUAAAGAAAAAUAUAAAUCAGAAGAUGAAGUUAUUACUACGUAAAGUAUUAUUAAAAAGAAAAAUAAAAUGAUGCAUAUAGGAGAUCUAGAGAGUGACUAUGAUUCUGAUUUAUUAGAAGAGUCUUAUGAAGAAGGAGUGCUGUAACCAACUAAUAAGCAUGAGAUAUUUAAAUAAGCUGAAAUACAAUUUAAAGAAAAAUUAAUGACCGCCUAAGAAAAAUAUCAAAUUGAAAAAGAUAAACAAUACAAAUAAGCUGUAGCUCGUAGAGAUUUAAUUGAUGAUAAUAGAAAAAAGAAAUACAAUUAUCCAUUUGAAACAAAUAAGAUUAUUAACAAUUUCUCUUCACUUGAAUAAGAUAAAAUUAGAAAUGAGCGUUUAAUUGAUGAAGUUAUACAGAUGAAUAAAUUGAAAGAUGAAAGAAAUUAAAGUCCAUAACAAAGCGAUGAUGAACUAGAACUGAUAAAUGAUUAAGUAGAUAUUGAAGAAAUGAAGAAGCAUUUUAUAAAAAAUAAUUUAAAUUUUGAAUUGGAUAAUUCUGGAUCAGAGAAAAAAGACAUUUAAGACCUUGAUUAAAUGCAAUUUGAUUAGUUAAGAUCAGCCUAUUAACAAAGAUACAAUCCUAAAUAAAUUAAUAGAUUUUGA